AGGUGGUAAACAAAGGGGUAGGACGGGGGGCAAGAGGGGAUUCAGAAUUAGACUUUAAACUCUGCAAGUGCACAAUUGGUUUGAAGCAUGAAUCAUAUAUUUUACAGUAUAUUAUGACUGUAUGUUAUGAUAUCCACAUUUUCCAGUUUUUUAUUCAAGAAUUAUUCAUGUUCAUAAGUUCACCUCAUGGAAUCUUUCCUGUCUCACCUGUAACAUCCAGAAUUUAAAUGUGUUUAAAAAUGCACUUUAUAUUAUCUUUUUAUGUUGCCUGCUUCCUUGAUAUGUUUUCACACUGAAAAGGAGCGGGAGGUAGGCAGUAGGUUGUCUGUAGUUACGACAGAUCUGUAUAUUUGUGCUUAGCAACAUACAUAACCAGUAACGGGCCAACUGGCCUCCUUUCAAACUUAUUAAAAGGCUGGAAUAAGGUUGUUAAAGUGCAGAAUUUGGCCCACUUUUGCUCUUCUACAGGCUUACACGUGGCUGAGAGAUGAACCUAACAAAAUCUUAACAAUACCUAAGGCGGAAAAUUAACUGUAAAUAACGAGAACCACAUUUUUGGGGCUUAUCAGACAGAAUUAUAUAAUAUUUAAGCAUUCUGUAUAGAUUAAGAAAGCUUAAAUAUGUCUGUACAUUUGUCUGUAACUUGCAGAACAGGAAACCAUAUGAUCAACCACAGAGGUUUUAUACUUAUACUGAACCACACAAUUCAUAUCUAUAAACACACAGCUGAGUCCAUCUUUACAAAACUGCUUCAUCCCAGACUUCUAAAUCGCAGCCAUACUGCGUACCUGACUACUUACCUAAGCAGGCACAACAAACCAAUUGCAACAACAUGGCACACUGUAAUCAAAUUUGAAACUCUCAGCUAUGCCGUUCUCCAGCUGUUUUUCUUCCUCUCAGGGUGGUCAAAUUAAGUUUACUGACUGCCCACAUUUAAUAGGAUUGCCACAGAAAACAAUGCUGCCCAGUACAAGCAAAAUAAAUAAAUACAUUUGAGACGGGUAAUAAAAAAAAAGAAGAGGCCGAACAACAAUAGAUAGAGCCAGGAGGAGGGGGCUAAAGAUCAAGCUGGAAAUAUGGAACCACUUAGGCCCAGAGAGUGCACCCUAUAAAGGGUUAAAGAUGGCUACGGGAUAAGUGGAGCUCGUUUAUCGCAAAUUUGACAGUGGUAGUUAAAUUGUGAGUUUUCUCUCCAACUGCCAGUCUAGAGAAGCAGGCGAGGCACUCUUCUCUCCUCACAUCACGUCUUUCUGGGUCUCCUGUGCUUGUCUUUGGUUGUUUAUGGUCGCCUGUCUCCUCAUCUUAGCCCUAAAUCUUCUCCGUGAAACAGGACAAAGGAGAAGAGGAUUUUCUACUCUGUCUCUCCUCUCUUCUCUCACCUUCACGCUCACCGUUUUCAUCGCCGCUCUGGGCCUCCGAGAUUAUCCUCUCGACUUCAUCUCCAUCCAUCCCAUCAUCUUUCAAACCCCCAUCAUCUCUGUCCCUUUUUGUUUCUUCUUGCCUCUUUCUGUCCCUCGCUGUGGAACUAAAUCUUCAACCUGCCACCCCUGGAGUCCCUGCAGAUGACCGCAGCCUGGCGCUGAAGUGGGCGCUUGCCAGCAGCCCAGAUGCAUUUGCGACUCUUUGCCAUUGUGAUGUCCUUGCUAUGUGAGGUGAUCAGGAUGGGGUCCGGUGUCGUCCAGAAGCAAAACGCUCAGAGAGAGACAUCAGAGGACUGUCGGAGCUGUCUGGAGUGUUCCCGCGACAACGGCUGCGUGCGUUGUCCCGAGCGACUCUUCCUGUUCCUGCAGAGAGAUGGGAUGUCUCACCAUGGUACUUGUCUCCACGCCUGCCCUGCAGGACACUACGGACAGAGAGGGAAGGACAUCAACCGCUGCAUGAAGUGUCGCUCUCUGGACUGCGAGCACUGUUUCAGCCGGGACUUCUGCACCAAGUGUAAGGCCGGCUUCCAGCUGCACAAAGGCAAGUGUCUGAGCCGCUGCCCAGAGGGAACCUUCGCCCACCAGACAGACUGCUUCGAGGACUGUCUCCUGGCUCCGCAGGGAGAGUGGAGCGAGUGGAGCGUCUGUCUCCACGACGGCGCCAACUGCGGCUUCAGGUGGGGCAAGCAGACCAGGACCCGGGGGGGCGGGCAGUCCGGCAGAACACCUGAGGAGAAAGCAGCGUCACUUUGCCCGUCCAACAGCGAGACACAGCGGUGCAGGAUGAAGAGAAAGUGUCCUACAGAAAGAAGAAAGAUUAAAAAAGGAGGACUUGGAAGGAAGAGGGAGAGAAAACGACUACGGCUGCUCGCCAACGACAACGGCGGCCACUCGCUGAACGGAACGACAGACGGCGGCGGGCAGAGCGGCGACCCCUGAGGACGAGGACGCACGGCUCACCACGACACGCGCUGGACUGUCGGUCGGCUGACGUCAGUUUUGAAAUCAGAGACCAAAUCUUCGUUUUUGUUUGUUUUAUUAUUAUCAUUAUUAUUAUUAUUAUUAUUAUUAUUAUUAUUAUUAUUAUGCUUCCAAUCAGCCUGUGCGACCUGAACACACUGUGCAACACAACGAUGUUUACUGGAAACACAAAAUUAACAAUUUUUAUUAUGAGCCAGAAGUUUCUUGUGCGGCGACCAGUGAGUCAAAGUUCUCCGCGGUGCGUUUGCCAGUCCAGGAUGACGUCAGCUUCUGUCUGAGACAGGAAUCAUUUGUUUGUAGAGGUUCAUGAAAUUUUAAUCAGCGACUGUCUUGCUUACGUUUGGUGACGUGACGUCUCGCGGUCAGAAUCUUGAUCAGCGUCACAAAAGUUCUGAUGCAGGUGAAAUUUGAGCUUUUACAUCUAAAACAAAGUGGUGACAACAACAGAUUCCACACGUGAUCUCAGGAACGAUGAGAUUAGAAAGAUUCCUGUGGAGUUUUCUCUCGAACAGAGUUUCUGUUUACAUUCAGCAGCACAGUGUGCGUCAUUCAGAGCUGUUUUUACCCAGACGGGGCACCAACACAAGCAUGUAGUCCUCCAUUGUUGUUGUUGUUGUUGUUGUUAUGAAACGUCGCAGGGUUAAAAGGUCGAAGGCUCGAGGUCGAGGGGAGGGGCGAUGGCUGAUUCGCUGUCCAAACGAGAACCCGAGGGCGCCGUUUCUGAAUUUUUCCACCCUGAGACCAGGUUUCAUAAAAGCGUGUUUAUAGGAUCCAUGUGGACGAUCGGACAAAACACAGAAGCGUCUCCAUGUGGACGGACCCUGUAGACGAGGGCAUGAACUCCACAGAGAAACUUUGGCUCACCAAACCUGAACAUCCUGCAGACCCUCGCUCACCUCUCUGACCCGCCGCUGGUUAAACGACACAAUCACCAGAACAAAUGUUGGCACACAAACCGCUCGGUCAAAUAUCAGGUUUUGGCUUAAAAUACUGUCCGAAACUUGGGAUGA